AUGCCCGUUGAUUUAUUUUUAUUACAAGAAAUUCACCUCGUGGAUUCCUCGCAAGGUAAGGCAUGGGAGAAGGAAUGGGGGAGUCAGUGCGCGUGGUCCCUCGGCUCAAAUAGGUCCGCGGGUGUCGCGGUUCUUAUUCACCUGAAUAGUGCUGUGAAACUCGUGGAUUAUAAAGUCGACCUAGCAGGUAGAAUCGUUACGGUUGUAAUCAAAUUUCACAGACAGCAUUUUAUUUUCAAAUAAUUAAUGUUUACAGGCCUAAUAACCACAACGAACGCGAAAUAUUUUCUGACAAUCUCUGGCAUUUUAAAUACUCGAACCUAGAAACUAUUGUUGUCGGGGAUUUCAACUGUGUACCGGAUAUUGCGAUCGAUAAGUGGGGAGGUGAUGACAGUUUUGGAGACAGGGCUGUCACGCAGCUCCACUCUUUUACUAAGUCCCUCGCUUUAGAAGACUUUUAUCGUGGUUCCAACCCGCGC